CAGCUCUGUGCUCUAGGCGGAACAUGGCUUCUUCCUCAGCUACGCUUUCUCUGUGCUCUGCUUUCUCUGCUCAUUGCAGCAUCACUCCAUUGCGUUCUCUCUCCAAACCUUCCGUGAGUCUCGCUAAACCUUCGAUUGGGUUUCUUUCUGCUUCCACAGCGUCGACGUCUCGAACCGCAUUCCCCGCCGCUCCGAAAUUCUCUGAAUCAGCCGUCGUGGCUGAACCGGAGACUACUGAUAUUGAAUCUGUGGUAGUCUCUGAGGAUAAGCCUAAACGAGAAGAGAUCUUCGCAGUUGUAAUGGUUGGUGGACGCCAAUACAUUGUUUUCCCAGGGAGAUAUCUCUACACUCAGAGGCUCAAAGAUGCUAAUGUUGAUGAUCAGAUUGUUUUGAACAAAGUGCUACUUGUGGGCACAAAGACACAUACUUACAUCGGCAAACCGGUUGUCACCAAUGCUACUGUGCAUGCUGUAGUGGAAAAUCAAGGUCUGAAUGAUAAAGUGGUGGUCUUCAAGUACAAGCCAAAGAAAAAGUACCGCAGAAAUAUUGGUCACCGACAGCCAAAUACGAGGAUUAGGAUUACAGGAAUCACAGGGUAUGAAGAGUAUCCAGCGUCACCCAACGUUGCGGUUUAGAUGUCUAGAGAAGUAUAGGAUCGUUAAAAAAUUAUGCUUCUUGAAUGUUAAUUUUCUGAUCUUCUCUAUGUACUUCUGAAAAAAAAAAAAACAGACUAUUUCAUUUAUGUUGAGAAUCUUAAGAUCUUUUACCAUGUCUUAUCCCAUAUUUCAAAUCUCUAUCCAUCCAUUUAAUGUCGAAUUGCU